UCUCAAGAAAUGGGAUAGGCCAUCAGUACUUCAGGUUACUGAGGAUGCAACUUUGAUUGCGAAACGCGUAUAGGCUGCUGAUACCCACAUAACUGCGCACUGAUCGUGAGGUAGGCGCUGGGGGAACCUGAGAGGAGCAACUUUUACCUCCCAUCUUGGAUUGGCUUUGCACACAUGGUUGGAGAAGCUUGGUGCCAGCAUACGGGCACAUUUAAAUGUGAGUGCAAAUACUUAAUAUUUGUUUUUAAAUAGUCAAUAAUGUUUUUUUACGUACUACACCAUGAGGGGCACUCCUCUUUUUUUUAUGAGCCAUUGUAGGAGAGAUAGAGACCCCAUUGGCACAUUCAAGGCAUCUGGCGAUUGGUGAACAGACGUAUAAUAGGAGUGGUUAUCCUGGGAAUGAACCAAAGGCAUUUUGAUUGAGAUCUGGUGUUGAUACCUGGUAUCCCUGAUGUGAAACACUUUAGAAACAUGGUUGAUUUUGGAAAGUGGCCUUUAUUCACUUUGCUUUCACCCCAGGAGGUGUCCUCCAUUCGACAAGCCUGUAUUUUUGGUACUUGUGCCAAUGAAGUUAUCUACACUACUGAUCAUGAGGUAUUUGCAUUUGGGCAGAAUUGCAGUAAUUGUCUUGGAACUGGAGAUAAUCAAAGCACUAUGGUCCCAAGGAGACUUGAUGUCAUUUGUGGCAAGAAAAUAACUGGCAUUAGUUAUGGCAGCGGCCCUCAUGUCCUGGUCUGUACCGAAGAUGGAGAGCUGUAUGCAUGGGGACAUAAUGGUUACAAUCAGCUUGGGAACGGCAAUACAAUCCAGGGUACAGUUCCUGUCCGUAUUAGUACUGAACUGAUACCGAAGAAGGUGGUGCAGGUGGCUUGUGGCUCUCAUCACUCUCUGGUCCUGUGCUUGGAUGGAGAGGUGUAUGCCUGGGGCUAUAAUAAUUGUGGACAGAUUGGCACAGGGACCACUACCAACCAGCAAACUCCUCGGAAAGUGUCUGCACAGCUGCAGAGCAAGGCAGUGGUUGCUAUUGCAGCCGGUCCAACGUGUUCCAUGGCUAUUACAGACAAUGGACAGGUUUAUGGCUGGGGUUAUAAUGGCACGGGCCAGCUUGGGCUGGGUAGUACUGGAAACCAGCUUAUACCUUGUCGAGUAGUGUUUGUCCAGCAAGUUUGUGUGGUACAGAUUGUAUGUGGCUAUAGCCACACUAUGGGCCUGACAGAUCAGGGUUAUCUCUACUCCUGGGGAGCAAACAUGAAUGGACAACUGGGCAUUGGCAACAAAAGCAACCAGCUCUCUCCAGUGAGAGUAGAAACAGAUGAGCGUAUUGUGGAGAUUGCAGCUUGCCAUUCCUCUCACACUUCUGCUGCCAAGACCCAGAGUGGACAAGUAUACAUGUGGGGCCCAUGCCGUGGCCAGAUCGUCCUUUCUCCUCUGCUCACAAACUUUACUUGUACGGAUGACGUGUUUGCCUGUUUCUCAAAUCCGCCUGUGAUGUGGCGAAUGCUUUCUAUAGAACCUGAAGAGUAUUUAACCGUUGCAGAGUCUCUGAGAAAGGAGUUUGAUAGUGAAGAAACAUCUGAUCUGAAAUUCAGAGUCGAUGGAAAAGAUAUACACGUUCAUCGGGCAGUCUUGAAAAUAAGAUGUGAGCACUUCCGCACCAUGUUCCAGUCUCACUGGAGUGAAAGCUCCAUGGAGGUUAUAGAAAUUGACCAGUUUUCCUAUCCAGUGUACUAUGCCUUCCUACAAUACCUCUAUACAGAUGCUGUAGACCUGCCGCCAGAGGACGCCAUAGGUCUCUUAGAUCUUGCUACAUCUUACUGUGAAAAUAGACUAAAGAAGCUGUGUCAGCAUAUUAUUAAACGAGGGAUCUCUGUGCAAAAUGCAUUUCUCCUGCUUUCUGCAGCAGUCCGCUAUGAGGCCCAGGAUUUGGAAGACUUCUGCUUUAAAUUUUGUGUGAGCCACUUGACGGGAGUGACACAAACAGCUGCAUUUUGGAACAUGGAUGGCGCAUUGCUCAAAGACUUUGUUAUAAAGGCUGGUAAAAGUGGAGGGUUUAAAAACUAACCUUUCAGCUUCUGUACUGGAUAUAUGAAGUAUUGGGCAUUGAUGUACCCAACUGGGGACCUCUAGAAUUGCUAACCCACUUAAAAAAAAAUGCACUAGGAAAACUUUCAGUGAAGGCGUUCAAACUGCCGCUGUAUAUUAAAAAGAAAUUAUGUUGUAAGUUUUUAAACGUCAGAUUUUCCUGUUGAAUGUGCACAUUAGCCACUGUGGUUUUGUGCAUAUUGGCAGGGAUCUGAGACUCCUGCACUUUCAGGUAGACCCACAUACUGAAUGUGGGUAUUUUCCAAACCUUCGUGGCAUUUAUAAAUGGUAGUUUGUCUUUUUGAUGUAAGUGUUUUUAUAUUCAUAUCUGACAUAUCAAACAUGUACACUGAUGGUCUUCGCCUACAGAAUAGCUACGAUCGUUGCUAGUGACUAAAGUGGUGGUAGUAAACCUCCUUUAGGUUGGCCAUAGACUGAGCGAAUCUUUCCUGCGACCUGUAAAUUCACUUGCUUUCCUUCAUCAGACAGUGUUGACAGGAGAAUCCCUCCCAUGGAGCCAUUUUGUUCUUCUGACAGGGGGUUAGGGGAAGCCAACCCCCCCCCCCCCCCUGGGAGAACAGUGAUUAUUGCUAGUGGCUAGAACAGCUGCUACCAAUCACAUGUAAGAACUGGCAGGCUGGUUGCACCCAAGUUUAUCAACUUGGUUUACAUUCAGCCUGCCCAUACAUGGUUCGUAUAUCUGCAGUUCCUGCUGAACCGGCUGAGAUUUAAACAGUCUAUGGCUCACUUGUCGAAGUGAUAUGGUGGCUGCUAUUGCUAGUCUAGGUUUCUAGUCCAAUCUUCAGUUGCUAGAUACUUGUGCCAGGUCAGUGUCUUAAAGUACUGAUGAGUGCCUGAUCUAUAAGGUUUGGUGAUCUGGUUUUGACUCUGUUCAGGAGGUAUGGCAACUAACAAUUUAUAAGAUUGGUAAUAGCAGCCCACAUUUCUAUGUAUGCAAUUAUAUAAGAUCAUAACUGAGACAUGAGGCACAUUAUAUUUCUGGGCUUCAUUCUCAUACUAGAUGUACAUGUAAAGUUGUAUAUUGUAAAUAGCCUUCACAUUGUCUAGCUGGCAGUUAGUCCUAAAUGUGAAGGUAAAUGUAUUGUCUUUUUUUAAAUGUUUGCAAACAUACAAACAUGCUAAACUGCAAAUGCAGUCUCUAAGGAUCCUGGAAAAAUCAUUGAACUAUCUUGUAAAUGUGAACGGGUGGAGGUUAUUGCCCAUUUUGACCCAAGCAUCCAUUUCUGAGCUCUAUGGCCGACUUUCAAGAAAAUACAAAGUGCACUUUGAACUUAAAAUGUAGAGUUUUUGGGUGAAGAAUGCUUGGGGUACCUUGCCUUUGCAGUUCUGUCUAAAACCUACCUCCAGGCACAAAGUAUUUUAAGUGCCCCAUUCCAGUCAAGCUGAAGAACUAAGGUGGACGUUGUUGGGAAACUUCACUGAAGAUCUGGAGGAAAGUAGCCUUUACCAAAAGUAAACCGUGUCUUAGAAUAAAAUGUAUGGCUUCCCCCAUUAACUGGCCAGGAUGGUAGUUUUGAAGACUGGGCUAAUGUUCCUGAAGACAGCCAUGUUCUGCUAUGCACUGGGUGCCUCAGCUAUGAUGUUGCUGGUUCCCAAGGAAUGAAUGGACUGCCUUAUGAAUAUUUUACUCAGUCCUCAGAGUGGUCACUUGGCUUUGAGAAAACAUUUUGAAUGAGUACGUUUUAUUGCAUGGGCAAGAAAGUGUUCAUGUCUUUUGAGGAAUCCUAAUGUUUAGCAAGAAUUCAAUAAAUUAAAGUUUUUAUUACA